AUGUCGACCCCAUUAUAUCUCCCUGUCACGACCGUGGAACCUGAUUCCCUCGGUAUGGUGGAAAUAAGUGGCCUCUUCGGUCCAGGGUCUUGGUCAGGAUGGUUCCUGACGCUCGUGGCAUCCUGGUGGCAGAUCAUCCGCGUCUCGGAAGAGCCAACCGACCCGAACACCGUCGCCUGUCUUUUUUGGACAAAUUGGGCCGCUGUUGAUGUCCGACGAGGUAUCAAAAUCGCGCAAGACAUUCCACGGGAUGCACCAGACUAUGAGGAUCGGGUCAGUAGUGGCUUAGGAUCUCUGGGGGCUGCGCUCAACUUUACGUUUUGA